GUAAUUUUGUAUUGCAUUACGAACUUUGAAGUUAGGAAGAAUGAUGACUGACAGGCGCGAGAUGGCUGUCAUUGCGCUACCAAAAUAAGCCCUGAAGCACCAAAUAUUCUGCAGUGUUCUUGAUCUUCUGGAGGACCGUCCUGUCAUUUAUCGCCAGCUCUGACGGACACAGGGAACGGCCCUCGCACAAUAUAGACGGCGUGGUCCUUGGACACCGACGGCGGCGUCCGUAAUUUAUACAGACCGUACCACAAAUGGACGACGGGACUUUCAUAGACGAACAUGGAGACCGCCGUCUUCGGGACACCGAGUUCAUUCUGCCUGUAGUGGUUGGCACCUGCGCUUGGUGGAUGGGCAAGAAGGCUAGCGAUACGGUCACCCACCGCUGGACAGUGUACCUCAAGUCGGCUAAUAAUGAGGACAUCAGCCAUAUCGUGCAGAAGGUGACCUUCGAGCUGCACCACACGUUCAACAACCCGCACCGAGUGGUGCUACAGCCACCGUACGAGGUGACGGAGCAAGGCUGGGGCGAGUUUGACAUCAAUGUUACGCUGAGCUUCACGCCCGACAGUCGAGAAAAGGAUGUAUCCAUCCUGCAUCGGCUUAAGCUGUACGAGAAUGAAAGCACACCCAAUACGACGAAAAAGCCGGUUAUGAGCGAGGUGUACGAGGAGCUGGUGUUCAGCGAGCCCGUUGAGGCCUUCUUUAGGCGAGUCACGUCUACGAUGCCGCGGCCUGCUCCCGAACUCAGUUGCCAGCCCUACACGUCGCAGUAUGACGAGCGGGAGGAGCUGGAUAAGCUCAAAGAGUGCCGCGCGCGGGUGGCCGCCAUGGUGUCGGACGUGCGGAAGGACUUUGAAGGCGUGCGCUAGCUACUGUGGGACCAUACCUAGUCGGAUUGGAUGCUAUCCUUGGCCUGUCAGUUGCUAGCGCCGAUACCUAAAUGUCUGCUGCAUGC